AUGGCUUACCUCAAUGUGCCCAUCGAACCGCUGUCUUCAACAAGUAUAUCACCAACCGUCCCCAGCGACGAAGACGCCCCCUCCAUCGAGCACAUUUCAUUCAACUACUACCUCCUCUUCCUCGGUGUACCCGUUGCACUCAUCGCUCUAGUCUGCUUUCACGUAUACCGACACAGAGCCACACAGCGUCAGAACUAUCAGCAGACAGAAGCGAGGUAUGUCGAAGGAUGGCCUCGCAUUCGCAAUCUCGUGUGUGGGACAUAUGGGAUUAACGAUUCUGUUACUGCAAGGCAACCUGAGGGUCUGAACGAGCAUGUGCCCAAUGUCGAUGUACAUGUCGAGGACGGGCUGAACGAGAACGGAGAAGCACCACCACCCUACCAGUCCAAAGUAGAAGAGACAGAGGCGGUGGUUGCGAUAUCUCUUCAGACUCUACAGAGGGACGAGACUGUUCGGCGAGAGACGGUGGGUGAGCAACCGCCACCACAGUACACUGCAGCAGAGCGCACGGCUUCCACUCUCAGCACGGGAGAAGAGGGCACGCAGACAGAGGCAGAAUCUGGGGCGAGGACAUGA